UAGGAAUCACGUGUCAUUUGUUUACAAACAUCUAUAGCAUGGCGUUAAUACAGUAAUUUUCCAUCCGAUAAAAACACAAUAAAUUGAUGAAAUAUGACAGAAUCUCAAUCGUUCCCAGAUGUGGUAGAGUUAAACGUGGGUGGACGACAUUUUACUACUAGCUUGCUUACAUUAACCAAAUGCAAGGACACAAUGCUAGGUGCUAUGUUUAGUGGAAAAUAUCAAGCGAUAAAAGAUCAAGACGGUCGCUACUUCAUAGAUGCUGAUGGGGACAAUUUCGUAUAUGUUUUGAAUUAUUUGAGAUACGGAGAACUACCACCACCAAAUUUAGUUACGACAAUUUAUCGUGAAGCCGUCUACUUUGGGCUUCAUGGAAUGGUGGAGCAACUUGAACUAAGCCCGUCAUUACUGGCACAAAUCCAUCGAGAUUCAUACAGAGCUCAAUUUACUGGAUACCAUAAAAUAAUAAACGCCAUAUUAGAUAGGAUUAAAGAAUGUAGCACCAAGAAUACGGAAACAACCACAUCGUUGCUCGUUGUAUUGUUUGCAAGAGAAAAAAAGAAAAAACUUCCAAAUUUUGAUAAAAAUCAUACUUGUUUCUCCAAGUCAAAAAACCGACCCAAAAGAAUGAGUGACGUAACGUUUGGUCCAUGGAGAAAUAAAUCCACCACAGAAAAGGACGUGAUGAAUUGUGUUGUGUUUGACUUACAAGAGAAAGGCUUUAUUAUAACACAAGAAGCAACUGGACAGUGUGGUUUCAAAUGUGAAUCACCACCUGAGAAUACCGAAGAUUCGAUUGUUGAAAACUGUACACAUCUUUGUUACACUCUUACAUUUCAUUGGUGGAAAAUGUAAAAAAAAAUAAUCAGAAAACACGAAUUUCAGACAUCCUUUAGUGGAAAUAAAAAAAAAACACCAGCUGGACAAAACGAAAAACAUCGAACUUUAGACAUACAAAAUGUAUUGUCCCUUGAUUUUAAUUUUAAUGUUUUAUACGUCUACACGCGCUCUGUAGAUAUAUGACAUUGACGUGAAUAUACAAUAUAAAUAUGCAUUGUAUAUCCAAUGUAUGAACAUGUGUAUUUUAUCAAAAUUUUAUCAAAUUUUACUGUUAUGAUGUUGAAUAUUAUAGAUUUUAUCAUAUUCGUUAUACAUGUUUUACUAAA